AUGAAGGAGUCUCAUACCAAGGUGUGCCAAAUAUGCUGGGAAUCCAUGGAUGAGCGUCUUUGUCAGCUUCUACCAUGUGAACAUGAGUUUCACCUAUCAUGUAUUAGGGCCUGGCAUCGCGAUGGACCAUGUAACAAAAUAUGUCCUUUAUGCAGAACAAAUACGACGGCAUUAGUAGAUAUGGAUCAUAAUAUCACCAUAGACUUAAGUUUAAGACUUGACUUAAUUUUUGACCAAAUGGCGUUUAACAUAGGAUCGCAGAUGGUUAAUCAUACAUAUAGAGGUGACUUACAUACUGGACCGCUAACGACUUAUAGAUCAAGAGGUUAUUUUAAUCGGCACAUACAACAUCAAGAUACCCAGUCCAGCGAUUUUAAUGAGUUGUCCCAAAAUGUACCAGGUGCUAGCAUGCAUAAUCAGCCGACAAUUCAUUAUACUACAAUGAGAGAUACUUCAAAAGAUCAAAAGGAUACAGAUCGACAGCAGGAGAGAGUUAAGAGACCAUAG